UUUAGAAAUCACUGUCCUCUCUGAUAACAGAAUGCAGCUCUGGAAUUAUAAACAGUCAUUAAGAAUGUCCUUCUACUUGUGAUAUGUAGCCAAUGGGGACUGAAUCCCAUUCCAGAGGACUACCAGACAGGGUUUUUUCAUUGUGAGGCAUUGCAAGAUUCUAAAUCGCCUUACAUACAUUUCUAAAACGUGAAUCCGACUUACUCAGCAUGCCACUUUAAAUGACAAAACAGACUCACAAAAUGAGCAGAUCUCAAUCCCAAAGGAGAAGCCAUGAAACCCAGAACUUGAUGGGAACUUUGGAAUGGAUUGGUUCCUGUGGUUUUCCAAUAUAACUGCAGAACAACUGUUCUGGAGGCCAGCCAGUGUCUCAGCUCCCUGACGUGAUCUGACUGGAAAGCGGGGGACCCAUCUUCCUGGAUGUUCGGGCGCUAAGUGGAUUGAAGACGGCAGAGAGCAAGGGAUGAAGGAGGAGGGAAGACAGAAGGAGGGAUUAGCAGCUAAUCCAGCGUACGGCCAAUCCCAGAGGAGCCUCUUUGCGCCCUAGUGAGGCGCAGACAAAACAGCCGCCUGGAUUACGCCACUCUGCUUUAUUGUCUUCUUAAGAAAAGCCUUUUUUUGGGGGGGGGGCGGUGUUUGUUUUCUCUGUCUCUGGGUGCCGGGUGUCCCUUGGAGGGGCUGUGUAGCCCAGGAUCAGGAGCAGCAGGCCUGAGGAGAGGCGAGGGCAACGGCAGGACAUCCCACACACGGAUAAACGUCUUUAGCAGGAGGCGACAAAACCUAGAGUGGACCCCCUGCCCCGACAGCCUGCUACAAAGACAGAGAAGUGCAGACCUCUCUUUUGGAUAUCACUACUCUGUGUAUGGGUGAUACUUGAUAUGAAGGACUAACUCAUAUCAAGCAGCAGGUUGGAGAUACCUUCUUUGUUGUUUGUCUGAUGGACAGUAGAUUACAGUGGCGCAUGAGGUGAGAUAAAGCAGCAAGAUUACAAGGCAGUUUCCUGAGGGACUUAUUUAAAAGGUCAAUACUUUUUGUAACCAGAAACCUUGGUUGAUUACCAGAAGGAUCAGAGGGGUGACUUUGGCGAUGCAUGUGCUUCAGAAGGAGUUCAGAAUGAGUAUGUCUUUCUGUUUUACGGUGCUGCACUGAAGGUUGGAUUCUGAUGUCCAGACAGAUAGCUCUGAAAGGCAGACCCCACACAUCAGGAGGAAUACAGCUGCUGAUUGUAGGGCUGUGUGCUUCUUGACCCUGGUGGUGAGUAGUGAAACCACUAGGAGAGAAUCAGGUGGGAAUAAAAGGUGUUUUGAAAGCGAGUUAAUCCAAUUACUCUCGCUUUAACAAGUUAUUUAUAAACACCUCCCAGCAAGUAUGUUAGACAGGCAGGUCACAGGGAGGCACAUAGCUUAAACACUCAAUAUCUAUCACUCACCUCAACUGAUAUCUACAGUACACUCUGCCAAGGCCUGCAGGAAUUUUUACUAGGUUAGGAAAAAGCGGAAAUAUUUAUUCUGGUUUUACGAGGAUCUCGUAAACGCUCUGGAGAAGUGAUUAGCGUCUAGACUGGUAGGACCUCUGUUAACUGUUUGUAAACAUGAGCUUGGAUGGUUGGUAUAGAUCCUGGGGUUACCUGGUGAGACAGCUGGUCUUCCAGUCUGCAUAGAAAGACCCCCUUGUGUCCUGCAUUCUUCCCGGCCUUUGAGUUGAUUUUGAGAAGGAAGAAAUACGCCUAAGAAAUAAGCCUAAAAGCUUUCCGUAAAAUGUUAUUGCGGAAGGUUAAGUUAUCUUUAGGUUACUAAAGAGGCAGGACACAUUUAAGUGGGGUAGUUUGGUAUGUUUUUUAGGACUGAGAUUGUUUUAGCUGGAAUUAUUCACAGGUAGGAGAGCCUGCCAGCAGGGAAAUGCAUGAUUGUGUUGUUGUUGCUCACAAGCAGAACGCCAAUACAGGCUAACGACUAGGCUCCAAUCCAAACCUUGAAGAUAAAAUCAAGCUGAAUGACUUUUUCUUGAGGAAUGUUUAUAUUUUCUCCUGUCUUUCCAGUCUCUGACACAGACUGGAUGUAUUCUCUAGGUCACUGAGUAGGGCUAAAAAGUAUAUAGUUUGAGGCUGAAAACUGGACAUGUAUUUCUGAACAUUCACAAACCCAGAUCUGAAAACAGCUCAGUGGAUCCCCAGCUCUUGAACCACAGAGGCCCGCGGUCAGCAGUGCCGACCUUGGAAUGUGUCAUAUCUCCUCUUUUUUCUCCUCACUCUGUUGUGAAUGAGGACACAAUCUUUGUAAAGUUGAGUGGUCAUUCUGGAGAAAAACAAACAACUUGGAAAGAGAGAGAGAGAGAGAGAGAGAGAGAGAGAGAGAGAGAGAGAGAGAGAGAGAGAGAGAGAGAGAGAGAGAGAGAGAGAGUGGAAUCCAUUUUGAAUAUUGACUGACUUUACAUCCUGCCAUCCUUCACCACCAAAACGUGUGCAACAUCCAGAAGGGGAACUGCAGCCCAACUCUGUAUGAAUGGUUGGCACUUGUCGUGUGGAGAAUGGAUUCUACACACAUUCUCAGCACAUAAAACAAUCCAAGAUCUGUAUUCUCUGUCCUAGGAAUCCCAGCCCUUUUAAAGUGACUUUUUAUCCCCCAACGCUUUGUCAGUGGACCUUUCACUGGAAAUCAAACCUGAUUUGAAUUGAAGGGAAAUUGGGCUUAUUAUUGUUGAGGACAACAUGAGUCUGGGCAAAAUGCCAGGGAUCAAGGGCCUGGUCUCUGGCUCUCAGGGGAAGCGUCGCUUUAAGAGCGACCUCUCAGUCGACAUGAUCAGCCCUCCUCUCGGCGACUUCCGUCACACCAUGCAUGUGGGCCGCGGCGGAGACGUGUUUGGAGACACCUCCUUCCUUAGCAACCAUGGUGGCAACGGGGAGACGGGAGAUCCCGAUUCGCCCACCAGCGGCUCCAAGACCACCCGUUUCUUGUCGCGCACCUUGCGACACGUUCGCAAGACCCCAGCGCCACGUCCAAGAGGCGGUUCCCGUGACCUUUCACCCCCACCACCACCCGUCUCACCUAUCAUCAAAAACGCCAUCUCGCUGCCCCAGCUGAAUGUGGACUUUCCCAAUGGCCGCCUGCAGAGGGUGCUGUUCCCCAGCUCCGCCAGCUCCCCGGGGGACUCCUGCUGCUAUGGUCUGCAGUCCGGUUUCGUCACGCUCCCCCGUCUCUCCCGCCUGGACAGACAGCUGGACGACGGAGACAACCGCCGUGGCUCCCUCACGGAAAACGGGGACUUCUUGAUGACGCGCUCCGACUCCUUCACCUCCUUCACCUCCUUCACCGUCGACCUGGGCCCCUCCCUCAUGAGCGAGGUGCUGGGCUUGAUUGACAGUCCCAGCGGCCUGCAGAUGACCAGUAACAGUUGGCUGCAGGAGGACAAAGAGGAGGAAGAAGAGGAGGAGGAGCAGAGCUCGGUGUUUGAGCUGGCGGUGGAGAGCCCCACACUGAGUUCCCCCAACCCCUCCAUGGGGAGCACGCCGGUCAGGGCGCACCCCAACCACAGGGGGCGCUCAUGCAGCUCAGAGUGGACGGAGCACGAGGUGGACGACGGGUCUCUCAAGACGCCAGACGCGUCCAUGGGGUCGCCGGUACGGGCGGAGCCCACCAUGGAGGCAGAGAGGUUCCAGAGGGCGGCGGACGUGCUGGCGCGUCACUAUGGGGGCGGGUCCUUCUCCAGGGGGAGGAGUCCCAGUGAGGAGGGCUGCGGGUCUGAUUCAACGUCCUCUGCGUCUUCACUGCACGGCCACAAGGCUCCGUACGCCUUCCCUGAUGAGGAGGAGGAGAUUAAAGUAUAAAUGUCAAUGUUAUAUGUUUAACAGCAGUAAGGAAACCUUUCACUUUUGUAUUCAAACUACAAGAAGACUGUUGAACCUUGACACAUUUUAUAACAAUGGUGAAGAAGUCUACUUUUUUAUUAUUAAUUAUGAUUUUUUUUUUUUGGUGAUCUGCAUAACUGUUUUAUUACCCCAAAUACCAUCAAAAAACAGGCUGACCUUGAAUCCUCAAAUCCUAAUGGAUGUGGAAAACCUUGUUGCACAAGAAUAACAUUUUGAGAAGUGUUUCUAAAGUAAGAACCACGCAAAGUGGGCUAGCCCAGACCAACAUGACACAAAAUUGACAAAAUCUAUAUAAAUGUAUUGUAAAAUGACAAUAAACUAACCCCAUUAAUAAUCUGAAUUUUUUAAAUAUUUUUUUACCAACAUUGCAGACUCUCAUAUGAAGAAUAAAGUUGAAGGAAGAAUAUGAAGGAAGAAUAUUGUGCAUGAAGUAUGUGAAGGAAGAAUAUUGUUAUGUAAAUGUAAAAAAAAUCCCUAUCUCUUCGACAAGGAAUUAAAAGGGAAGUCAAUGUAUCUGAAGCAAAAUUGUAAAAACGUCAAAAGACAACAUAGAACGAUGUAGUAGCUGUUCUUUAGAUUUUAAUUUAAGUAGACCUGACAGUACACUUGUGAUUUUUCAUUUUGAGUUCCUGGACCACAACAUCCAAGGUCAACGGUUCAUACAGCUUCGUCUUCUCAACAAAAAAACAUACCGUACAUAGGGAAAGAUGGUAAGGUUUACCCUGAACCAUAAUAAACCUGUACAGUACAUUAACCUCUGUAUACCCACCCAUAGUUGUAUAGGUAUAAUUCUGAUAGGGAUGGCCUCAAGCAUAGGCUAUAUAUAUUUUUCAGUGUUACUAUGUCCAUUUGGAUGUUAUGUGGAUUGAGUAGGUCUAUGUAUAUAUUCUAUGUGGAAGCAGACAUUGUUUUGUAAAGUUUGAAUGUAUCAUAGGACUGUUGAAAGAAAUCAAAUCAUUGUAUAUUAAUGUUUUUAAACAUAUAGGACCACAAGUAUACUGACCUGAUGUCUAUGUAACGUACACAUGUGAAUACUGUAUGUGGAGCAUUUACACAUAAUAGCAGUUGUAUUCCCAACAUAGCAUACCCAUUUAAUUAAAUAAUGUUUUCAUAAGAA